GUAGUAAGGGAGAUAAGCAAGUCUUACAACGGAAUGCCGAUCCCGUUUACAUUUCAUUCGCAAAAUGUCAACAACAACGGAAGAAAAUGAUGAGGAUGAAAUAUCGAUUGAACCCUCCAGGGCUUUUACUGAGGCACUUGUUGAACAAGUAAACAGAGAAGAUGUCAAGUCUAUGGUACAGUUUCAAAGAGAUAUGAUGUCAAGGUAUGAGAAAACCAAUGAAAUGUUAAUCAAUUUCAACAUGCUGUCAUCUGCCCGGUUUGAGGCUACAACGCAGGAAUUUCGACAACAUACUCAGAUCCUUGGACAAAUGAAGACAGACUUAGACGUCAUCUUCAGGAGAAUAAGGUCUUUAAAGCAAAGGCUAGGAGUUUUGUAUCCAGAUGCUUUUGCAGCUUGUAGUGAUGUGUACAAUAUAUUGGAGAAUGAAGAGGAGGAUAAAGAAGACAAAGAGAAGGAGAAUUGUCCAGUGGCGGUUUCUGUGACAGACUUGACCAACAGUGACCAGAAUUUGGAGGGGCAUCACAACAGUGCAAAAGAACCAUGUGUAGAACAGGUGCAAAAAGACGAAGCACAUCUAAGUGAUGAAUUCCAAUCAAGCUGUGCGGUGAAACAGACUGAGCGUGUAGAAACGAAUGGAGGUAUAGGGGACACUAUAAACAUGGCAUUGUCUAGUGAAAUUCUACCAGAGAAGGAAAUCGUUUCCUUGCCAAGCAUAAUCAACGAGAAAGAAGAAAGUGGAGGAUCAGAAAGUUCACCAAGGCUCGGGGAAAUGAGUGCAGACAAUAAAGAAAAUGGAACAUAAUAAAGAAUCGUCAUCGUGUUUCUUUUCUGUGCUUUCUUGUAUCAUAUUUAUGUAUUUGUUAAUAUUCAAUAAACCCAUUGUUCAAUAAA